AUGAACUCAUUGGAAUUGGACGAUGAUGCAUUCUAUAUUUGUACUGAAAUGUCACCACGUUGUUUCGUCGUUCAGAAGGCUAUCCAAAUAGAUCGAAGCCAAAUCGAGCGCAUGGUCGGCGAUCUUGAAAAAGCUCCGCCGCCUCCAGUCGAUGCGCCACCAGCCCCUCAAUUGCCGUACUGGUUCACCACUGAGUGUCGCAACAACCUGGUGAACUGUGACGUGCCUGCGAUGUCGGUUCCAAGUGCUCCGUCACCAAUUCCACCGCCUCUUCCAAUGCCAGACCUCAAGCAACAACUCAAAGCGCAGCUUGAAUACUAUUUCUCAAGAGAAAAUUUAAUUACUGAUCGAUAUCUACGAUGCCAAAUGGAUGCUGACCAAUUUGUUCCAAUUUCCAUAAUUGCGGGAUUUCGAAAAAUUGUUCAACUAACCAGUGAUUACAACCUUAUAUUGCAAGUAUUGCGAGCUGAGGACGAAAUAGUAACCGUCUCUCAAAAUGAUGUGCAAUACGUAUGCCGACGAGUACGCAUGCUUUUUAGGAGGGAGAUUAGUGAAGAAGCAGACAGAGAGGAAUGUGAGAGAGAUGCUACCGGUGGUCCACGCUUACGUUGA